CAAGUAUUCAUUACAAGUCAUGUCUGAAUAUUUGUGGCUUGUGACUAGCUCAAGACAUAAUCUUGCUAAAAGUAUCGAAGGUAGAUUUGUUUAUGACUCUUUAGACUGAUCAAGAAAACUGAAAAGUUGUAUAUUACUUAUUGAAAGUGUAUUUUUAAAUGUUUUCCUUAAUUGUUCUUAGUUUUUUAGUGACUUCUCUAAGUAAAGUUUCUUGUUUGCAUCUAGACGCUAAACAUUUCGGCUAUAUCUUGAAAUCAAGUGAUUUUAUAGAAAUUCGACAAUCUCCAUAUUUUAUUGAUAAGACUGCUUUGAUCCUCAAGACUAUAAACAAUGAUGAAACCCUCCUUUUUACUGCUCCGCCUGGGUUCGGAAAGUCGACUAAUUUAGACAUGGUAAGAGUAUUUUUGAGUAACACAGUCGAUAACAAGAUUGCCCAAAAUGUAUUCGCAGACACAGAAAUCUCCAAGGAUAGCAAUUUUGUAAAAACUCAUCUUGGAAAUCAUCCUGUUGUAUAUUGUUCACUAGAACCGACUUCAACAGUGACUGAUUAUAACUCGAUGUUGGCGAAUUAUCGAAUAUCGCUUCACAAUGCGUUUUCACAACACCAGUAUCUUGCCAGUAGUACAGUAUUGGCGCAAAGUGAUGUUAAUCAAUUCAAAAAAUUUAUUGAUGCCAAUAGUUAUGCUAGUUUGGAACCAUCAGAACUAUCAUCAGGACUUCACUUUCUCAUCAAAGCUCUUAAAACGCAUCAUGAGAAACCGGUCAUACUGCUGAUAGAUGAAUACGACAGUGUCAUUUGGGAAAGUGUGCUAACUCAAGGGUUAGGAAUCAGUGAAGUUCUCGGGUUUUACAAUGACGUGUUACAUAAAGCAUUAAGUGAUAAAGACAAUGUCAAGAAAAGCAUUUUAACUGGUGUAUCAACUAUAUUUUUCAAACUUCUACCUGGUUUAGGCUACACAAAGUGUGUGAGGUUUCUUCAUGAUAGAGAUUUUGAGUCUUUCUUCGGGUUGACGGGUGAUGAAGUUGAUUAUCUGGUUGACAGAUCUGUUUACGUCAAUCUGCGACCAAACUUGACGGAAUGGUAUGAUGGCUACACAAGUCCUGACCUCUCUGCACAUAUUUAUAACACAAAAUCCUUUUUAAGUUUCAUCCUACUUUCUGGAGGAGAGUUAAGUUCCUACUGGAGUAAUAUGAAAGUUCAAAAAUCCUUGAGAAUUCUAUUAGAGGACAGAGUGAGGAAAAGUCUUUUAUUGGAGACACCAGAUAAUUUAAUGUUUGUUGUUAGAGAACUUGAAAAAGUUGAUGUUGGGGUAUUGGAAGGUGUUAAACACAUGAUCACCCAGGAAAUAUGGGAUUCAAAUGUUUCAGAUUUGUACAUUCAUUUGUUAACUGAACAAGGGUACUUCACUUUCGACAAGCGUUGGGAACGAUCAGGAUACAACUCUUCAGUGACGCUAAAACUUGCCAACCUAGACGUUUGUGGGGCACUAAAAAAAUUUGUUGUUAAUUUCAUACAAGAAAUGAAGAAACAAAGUUCAAAUUUGAACAUAGUGUAAGUUUCAUGAAGAAGAGGAUUACCUAUCCAAAAGGUUAAAAAUAUUAUACAUAUUCAUUUUAUAUUAUUUAUAACUUGGUAACUUUCAGUACUUUCUUCUGGUCAUUGUUCUCUUCAAAAAGUUUAUAAAGUGUUAAUUGCUUUUCUAUAAUAUUAAAAAAGUGCUAGAAAAUAGCUUGAAUUAGUGCCAACAUACUCAAUUUCACAAAAAGUUGAAUGACAAUCGUAGUUUUUAGCGGCACUUUUUAUAAAACUUGAUGGCGACAAUCACUAAAAUUGCAAUAAUUUUGAACCACACUUUUUACAGUGUUAGGGGUGGUGCCGUUUUGUUCAGAGUUAAUAAAAUACUAAAUUUAAAUCAAUAUUGUGGGAGCCAAAUUUGUAAAAAUCAGAGAAAUAUUUGCAUUAAUAUACUGCG